AUGGCCGCGGUAUUGGGAACCCGGUUGCUGGUAUUUGUGCGUUCUAAUCAUUCCAUCCGAAUCAACCGCGUCAUCUACUGGUCGGACUCCGAAGUGACUCUGGCUUGGAUCCGGUCAGAACAUCGAAGAUAUCGCCCUUUCGUAGCCUGUCGCGUUGGAGAAAUUCUUUCAUCGUCAAACGUAAACGAUUGGAGAUACGUUCCGAGCAAACUUAACGUCUCAGAUGAGGCUACCAAGUGGGGUAAUGGACCGUGCCUCAGCGCAUCAGGCCGCUGGUUCAAUGGCCCAACAUUUCUGCAACUGCCAGAGGAGGAGUGGCCUAUGCCGAAGAGAUCGCUCGCAACUACUGAUGAAGAAUUGCGAGCAUGUCAUCUGCAUCAAGAAGUGCUCAUCCUGCGUACUCCGAUAGUAUACGAACGCUUCUCCAACUGGAACCGAUUGCUGCACGCAACGGCAUAUGUAAUAAGGUUCGGAACUUUUCGCAAUCAGAAAGGCACAAAAGGUAGCAUAUCGUUGACUCACGAGGAAUUGAAGGCAGCCGAGAUAUUGCUUUGGAAACUGAUUCAGUCUGAGGUUUAUCCAGAUGAGUUGACUAUUCUUACUAAAAAUAAGACAGUACCGAUCUGUGAACGACUGAUCUUAGAGAAGUCAAGCACUCUUCGGAUGCUUACACCGAUGCUUGAUGAUGAGGGAGUUCUCCGAGUCGACAGUCGCAUUUCCGCGGCACAAGGAGUAGCGGAAGAUGUGAAGUUCCCAGUGAUACUACCGAGAAAACACCACGUCACCAACCUUAUCGUCGAUAAUUUCCAUAGGAAGCUUCUCCAUGGAAACUCCGAAACGGUGGUCAACGAAAUCCGCCAGCGAUUCUACAUUGCACAUCUGCGCACAGUAGUUCGAGGCAUCGAGAAGCGGUGUCAAUGGUGCAAGGUGAUGAAAGCUAAGCCUUCAACUCCAAGGAUGGGUCCUAUUCCGGAAGCACGCUUGUCGCCUGGAGUUCGCCCAUUUACUUAUAUCGGCAUCGACUACUUUGGGCCAAUCCUGGUGAAAGUAAACAGAUCCGCAGCAAAACGGUGGGUGUGUCAGAUUACGUGUCUCACAAUUCGUGCAGUACACGUUGAAGUUGCGUAUGAUUUAUCGACGAAGAGCUGUAUCGCCUGUAUACGUCGCUUCAUCUGUCGCAGAGGGUCACCGAAAGAAAUAUACUCCGACAAUGGCCGGAACUUUACCGGAGCGGAACGAAUUCUGCAAGACCAAAUCGAGCGAAUCGAGCAGGAUGCAGCUACGACGUUUACCAACACCGAGACAAAAUGGUUAUUCAUUCCGCCUUCCUGUCCCCACAUGGGGGGAUCGUGGGAGCGCAUGGUACGUUCCAUCAAGAACGCCAUGAAAAGCAUUCCCCAAGAUGACAAACUCGACGACGAAGGACUACAAACUGUAUUGGUAGAGGCUGAAGGAAUUGUCAACUCGCGCCCGCUCACGUACCUACCACUGGACUCAGCAGAGCGAGAAGCAUUCACUCCAAACCACUUCAUCUUGGGAAGCUCAUCUGGAGUAGUGCAGCCAAUAACAAAGUUAAAAGACUCUGCUAAUGAGCUUAAUGCAUCCUGGAACCUGGUCCAGAAACGUAUCGACCAUUUCUGGAGGCGAUGGGUUCGGGAAUACUUACCCACACUCACCAAACGCACUAAAUGGGUUGAAGAGACGAAGCCUGUCCAACCCGGAGACUUGGUCAUUGUGAUCGACGACAGUAGACGAAAUGGGUGGAUACGUGGACGAAUAGUAGAAGUGACUCCGGGCAGCGAUGGACGAAUCCGGCAGGCGUUGGUUCAAACAUCUAGUGGACUGUUUCGGAGACCUGUCUCAAAGCUGGCGGUGCUGGCUGUAGAUGGACUUGGUGAGAUUGAUGGUUCCAUUCAUUCUCACGGGGAGGGGAAUGUUGGCACGAUCACAGCCCCGGCAACUAGGCCCACAGCGCCUUCACUGUAA